UUAUCUGUAUAAAAUUCAUUUUGGUUAAAGAAUCAUUGCGAAAAUUUAUAAACAAAACCAGUAACAACAAAUUUUAUAAAAAGAAAACAAAAAGAAUCAAAUGGCUGCUGCCAUAAAACGUCAACAGUCGCGAAGACGUCUUGCUGCAAUAACAUUUUUAUCAAAUAUUUCAUUAGAUGGUUCACAUCGUGAUACUAAUCUUGGUGUCAUAUUCAAUUUAAAUCUAAAUCAUCAUCAAUAUUCAUCAAAUAACAACACAAAUGUACAACAACAACAUCAACGAUCCAGUAAUUUUUGCAACGAUGUUGACCAUAAAAGCUGUGUUGAUAACACAAUAUUUGAGGCAACAUCCAAUACAAUGGAUGUUGCUGAAAAAGAGAAUAUCGACUGGAAUGUACAAUCAUCAUCAUCGAUAAUUGAUUCAUCGGCUACAAAGAUGAUGAUCAUUGAUGCUAGUAGUUGUCGAUCAAAUACGGAUGACGAUCAUCAUCAUCAUCAUAAUUUGUAUAAAAAUAAUAACCGUUCAUUAAGUAUUGAUGAAACCGAUUCGAUUCGUAAUUUUGGUAAUCAAAAGUAUUCAUAUUCAAUAAAUUCCGUUGCAUCUUCAUUUUCAUCGGAUAAUUCAUCGCCCGGAAUCAAUUCAAUUCAUAAUAUUAUUAAUAAUCAAUUAAAUAAUCUUCAUCAACAUCAACAACAACAACAACAUUAUGUCGAACCACAUUCAGCUGAUGUAGUUUUACCAUGUUCUUCGAAUAAGAUUAAUGGAAAUGAACAGAUUUGUUUUGGUUGUACACGAUGUACAACCAAAACAACAUCGACAACAGCUAACAAUCGAAUUCAUUGUUCAACAAUAUUAUCUCGUUCGAUUGAGGAAAAUGCACAAACACAACGUCGUUUUUGUUCAAUUAAUAAACCGACAGAAUUGAGUACAACAAGUAGUGGAAGCACAAAAAGUAGUCUAAAUGAUUCAUCAGAGAAUGAGAAUAAUGAAAUGAAUAAUAAUAAUUCAAUUGGUGGAAAACAGAUGAAAACUGUUAAUUAUGGUAGCAUGGAAAAUCUAGGUAUGAAAUUUACUGGCAAUCUAAAUCGUAUACGAACGACAUCAUUUGGUUCACAUAAAUCAAUAAGUUCCACAUCACAGCGUCUCUGUAAUCGACCAUAUCAUGAUGUAUCAUGUUGUGUAAAUAAAAAGAAUCCACAAGAAACUAUGGGUCGAAACUAUGUGUUUAUUACAGCAAAAACACGUCAACCAGUUUCGGUAUUUUCAUCCAUACCGGUCAAUCAUAAACGUAAUUAUCAUCAUCAAUAUCAUUCAUCGCGUUCGGAUUCUAUGUCCACUACAAAAGAACAUCAUAAUAGUUUUAAUUCAAGUAAUAAACGUAGUACAAGAUAUAUUUCUGGUAGUCGUCAAUUAUCAACAAUUACUGAUGGUGACUCGUCGAAUUUAUUGAUGGGCGUCAUUGAUGAACAAUUAGGAUUAGAUACAAUUGAAGAAGAAAUUUCAUUCAGUCCAUUACUACGAACGAACAAUAAAAAAUUAAAACCAAAUAACAUAUCCGAAGCAAUUGUCUACAAUAAUUCGAUCGUAAUGAAUCGUUGUUUAUCAUCAUCAUCAUCAACAACAACAACAACAUCAUUAAGAAAUAAUCACCAUCUUUCCGAUUCAUUUGUUGUUACGACCAAUGAAAUUACAAGUCCAGUGAUAUUGGGAACAAUUCCAAUUAAUAAUAAUUGCAUCAGUAAUGAUAAUGAUCAGGGAACAAGCUUGCCAAUUACAACGGAAUUUCCUUUGAAAAUUGAUUAUUCAACCGUAAAUUGGCCUUAUUUUGCAACGGCUUCACCACAAUGUUUGAAAGAAUUAGUUUAUCAUCCUAAUUUGUUGGAUGAUCCGGAAUUGAUUGCUGGAAAACAUUCCACAUUGUUAGCAUUUCCAUCAUUUGUGACUUCAAUCAUUGAUUAUGUGAAACCACAAGAUCUGAAAAAAGAAUUGAAUGAUAAAUUUCGUGAACGAUUUCCACAUAUACAAUUAACAUUAAGCAAAUUAAGAUCGAUUAAAAAAGAAAUGUGUAAAAUUGCCAGAAAUGAGUGUGGAUUGGAUUUUUUGACUAUCGCUCAAGCAUAUGUCUAUUUUGAAAAAUUAAUCCUUAAAUUGUUGAUAACAAAACAGAAUCGUAAAUUAUGUGCCGGAGCAUGUUUAGUUUUGUCGGCCAAAUUGAAUGAUGUGAAAGGAAACGAUUUAAAACUUUUGAUCGAGAAAAUUGAAUCAGGCUUUCGAUUGAAUCGUAAAGAAUUACUGAAUACUGAAUUUGGUGUUUUGGUUGCAUUGGAAUUCAGUUUACUAUUGCCAACAUGGCAAAUUCAACCACAUUAUCAACGAUUAAUGUAUGAAUCUUAAUAGGAAAAAAAUGGGUGAUAAAUCAAUCAUCAACUUUGACGAAUAAAAAUAAA